AACUGAAAGUUCACUUACCCUUUCCCAGUAUUGUAAGGAGAGUUGAUAUUCAAGAAAACUUGAUAGGAGCAAAGUCUGUUACAUUACGUUGUAAAGCAACAAAAGGAGUCAUGAAAACCUGUCAACUUAAACUGGCAUGGUGUGCCAUCUUUGUGCUUAUGAACUUACAUGCUUGCAUGGGGUGCUCGUGUUCUUGGAUGCCGCUAGCACGGAGAUACUGUACCAGUGAUUUUGUCAUCAAGGCCAAGAUUCUUACUGAGACAGUGCCACCAUUGCCGACUACAACUGAAUCAUUGUUUCCUAUCUACACUGGACAUGUGGAAUAUAUAUAUAAAAUUGAAAUUGAGGAAGUCUACAGGUCAACGCCAAGUUACGAAAAUGCUCGGAAAAUAAUAACACAAGUAGGAUUCGAGACCUGUGUACCCGGCCUGACACCCGGUGAUACGUACUUCUUGAUCGGCUUUGUCACCUCAUGGCAGUCUGAACCCACCCUUGCUAUAGGUCUCUGUGAAGGAGCAUUUAAUUUGAACAUUGAUUGGGCAAAUGAAAUUGCUAAAGAUUUGAUAAGCAAUCCACCAGUAUGCCGGGAACCAGAAUAUUACGCUACGGACGAGUACGCACAGAGAAAUAACUUCGGAAAGAAAAGGUCUUCAGAACCGAACUUAUGGAGAAAAAUACUCUCUCAUAGAUAGUUUUACACGGAGACAUUUUUUAAUUCCAGAUAUUUUAGUGUUGAUGCCGGCAGAUAGAAAAUUAAUGAAAUAAAUGAUAUAACCAAAA